CAUUCAUCUUCUUCCACAGAGAGAGAGGGAAAGAGAGAGGUGAGUGAACUCGGGAGUCUGCUUUACAUGAGGGACGAACCGUUUGGGAGGAAAAUACUGCCGUGACAUCAAGCCGGGAAGCACUUUCCUCGUCAGAAGGAGCUGAAUUUACCCUCAAAUAUAACAGGAGAGGUGAGGCAUCAUGGGGAAACACAACAGCAAGCUGGCCCCGGAGGUCCUGGACGACCUGACCAAGAGCACGGAGUUCAACGAGGCAGAGCUCAAGCAGUGGUACAAAGGCUUCCUCAAAGACUGCCCCUCGGGCAUUCUCAACCUGGAGGAGUUCCAGCAGCUCUACGUUAAGUUUUUCCCAUACGGCGACGCAUCAAAAUUCGCCCAGCACGCCUUCCGCACAUUUGACAAGAACGGCGACGGAACCAUCGACUUCAGGGAGUUCAUCUGCGCUCUGUCCAUCACCUCCAGGGGAAGCUUUGAGCAGAAACUCAACUGGGCCUUCAACAUGUACGACCUGGACGGAGAUGGAAAGAUCACACGCAUGGAGAUGCUGGAGAUCAUCGAGGCCAUCUACAAGAUGGUCGGCACGGUGAUCAUGAUGCGCAUGAACGAGGACGGGCUGACGCCUCAGCAGCGCGUCGACAAGAUCUUCUCCAAGAUGGACAAGGACCACAACGACGAGAUCACCCUGGAGGAGUUCAAAGAGGCGGCCAAGUCCGACCCUUCCAUCGUCUUACUGCUGCAGUGUGACAUGCAGAAGUAGAAGGGGAGGGGAAGGGCAAGAAAUGAAGGGAGGGAAGGGAUGAGGGGGUGAACUGAAGCUAGGGAAAUUAGGAGGUUAAGAAAAGACAGGGAGGGAUGCAGUCCUACAGGAGGAGGAGGAAGAGGCAUUGACGAUUGAUUGACUCCAUUCCGUUUAUUCCCCACUCUGCUUUACUCUAGACGGGAGGCUUGACAAAUUCAGUCAGAUGGUCUGUGAAAAGUGGAAUUCCCUCCUGCUGCAUUUGGUGCAUAGCAGAGCAGCAUGGUGUUACUCGUGCUUUCACACUGUAUUGGACGUGAGAUCACAAGGCUGCGGGGUAACAGCAGUGUUGAGAUCAGCUAUCUGACGGAGAGUGCUAUUUUAUAUUCAUGGAAUACCAGACAUUUCAUCUUAUUAUUGCCUUCAGUGCUGGAGACUGGAGGUACAGUACACACACUGUUUUGGUCAGACCAUGGCUGCACUGGUUUAGAUUCUACCCUAGCCAAGUUCCCAGCUGCUUCCAGGCAGCGUUUUUGUGGCAGAUUAUGGCUGAGUGUCCACCAGCUAAACACUAGGCUGGCAGCUGAUGAAACGUGUCACCCGGCUGCCUCCAGCGGCAUGGCCAGGCAUACUGAUGUGCUCCUCAGUCACUUCUUAGCUGCGCCCACAGCUUUGAUAGCAAAAAUCAAUAUUUUGUCAAAGGAGUUUGUAAUCUGGUUAAUGCCGAUACUUGUUCUGCUUGUGACGCAACCUGAGCGUUUGUUCUUCAAACUCUCUGAUCUGCAAAAUGUAUGUCGAAUCCUGCAAACCCCGCAGUCUUUCGUCAGUAAAACCACUUGUUUGAGCAACAAGAGGAGGCACUUGACCAUCUCGGCGCAGGGAUAAUCACAGCAGUAAUUAUAGAUCUUAUGACAGAAUGGUAUUUCUGAGAAAGGCCAAACCUGCUACGAUGAUUCACCGUUGUUUCACAUUAAAUAGCCGUCUCUCCUCUUCCUCUGCCUGCAUCCUGCUGCUGCCCCGUUUUUUUCUUUCUUCCUCGUUAAAUGUCAGAGAGGAAGCGCUUUGAUAAUAGGUAAAGGGAGAGGAACUUUACUCAGAUCUACAAUCGAUGAGAAACGGAGCAAAGGGUUGAAGAGGUAGCUCAGGCGUUGUGUGUCACCUGUGGUAAGCUAGAUGAAAGAAAAAAACUGGAUGGUUUAUCUACAUAUUUGCAUUAAAAGCCCAGAAAUACACAAAAACAACUAAUGACCACAUCAAGCUAGAAUAGGCAAUCUCAGAGAUUUAUGGUUAUACCAGUCUGAUACUACUUUAAAGUUAGCUUUUCUACACAGGAUUAUAGUUUUAGCAGUGGCAUCGGAGGAAGUAAACAAAGUCGUUUAGUCAGUGUUUGCCACGUUUCACAUACUGAACAAUUAAAGUCACAGCAAGAGGGAUGUUUAAGACAUUUUAUUGCUGACAACAAUGUCUUGUUCCUAUUCCUCAUGGGGUUGCUUACAGAGCAUGCAACGUCUAGUUCUCUUCAUUGAACUGGCACAGUGCGCAUGUCACGUCCAAACAUUAGCGAUUGGGUGAAAUCGGAUCCAAUCGUUUAAAACAGCAACUGAAUCCACACCUGCAGAAAGAAAUCGUUUGUCAAUAGCCAAGGGUCCAGACCCCUCCAAGUCUCUAAAUGUCACUCACCAAUGACAUUUUGGACGCUGCAGUAUCUGGACUGCGACUGAUAGGUUGUCUCAGACAGACACACUUUUGUUCCUGAAGAUAUAUCUGACUUGACUCAUACAGUUUCAGUUCUCCUGUUCUAAUUGGAAGCAUUCUAAUAAGGAGCAGUUUGGAGCAGGGCCAGACUCCUCUACAUAACACAACCAGGCGAGAAGGUAUGACAUUCUAUCAGCAUCAUAACAUGAAAGCAUAAACUUAGCUUGUCCACACAGCUGGGGGCGCACACAUAGCACCAAUAAAAGUUGAGUUUCAUCACAGUCCCAUACCAGUUAUUUUAAAAUGCCACGAAGAGUCAAGCAAGUUGACUCUUCCUCAUUGGUUCGUCUUUAAGACUGGGAAUGACAGUUGUUUGUAAUGUAAAAACUUGCGAGAAUGUCCCAGAGAUAUCCGUGGUAAACGUUACAUUUGUGUCCAAAGUAAAGACGGUGAUCUUCUCCUCCACUGCAGACGCUCCCUCCCUGGUUGUUCAGAAAGAGCCUCUACAUGUACAUUAUUAUAAUACGAGUGUAAUCGUAUUUAUGAAUAUAAACAAAUAUAAGAUGUAAAUGUGCGGAUAGUGUAGACCUGAUUUCAUUUUACAACACUGCUAUUGAGAGAGAAAGAGUGCAUCUGUGUGUGUCUGAGUAAUACUGAACUGACAUCAGAGCUCUGUGUGUGUGUAUGUAUGUGGUGUGUGUGUGUGUGUGUGCGUGCGUAUUUAAGGGGUUACUGUUUGAGUGUUCAGUGUUUUGUAUUUGUAUCAUUUGCGUAACAAGAGAUGCCUCAGUCUAGUUUCACUUUGUAACAAUGUGAAUGUGACCUCCACUCUGAAGCACUGAGUAUUAUUACCCAAACAUGUUUGCUUUUGUGAUCUGCUGGUAUACAUGAUGUACAAUCUGCCCCAUGAAACAGCCAACUGUCGCAAUGCUACAAGUGCUAAGCCUAUACGAUGGUUAGCUUGCCCCAAACAGCAGAGCUGACGGUUUGUUACCUAGCUUUGAGGAGAUGGAUGUGAUAAAGAAGCAAUGCUGUGUCACAGUGCCACCUAGCGGCCGGAAGAAAAUUGUCACGUCUGGAAACAGUUCAGUUGCUGCAUAUUCCCUGUUUCAGUACAUGAUAAACCGCCUUGGAGAUGAAAGUGAGGAGCAUCCUCCAUUACAAGAGAUGGUCUUAUAUAACUAGAAGCCAUAUUUAUUCCCCUCAAAAUUACGGUAUGAACUAUUUACAUGGUUAAUAUUGGUAAAAUAAAGCCCAAUGUAAAGUUAUGUGUUUGGAAAAAAAAUGAAAUUGGCUUAACAUUUUUAAUUUUUGUAUGAAAAAGGCUGGGAAAAAAAGUCAGACUUAUUGGCCAAUUUUUCAGCAUUACCUUCUAAUCAAAUUAAGAAAAAGCGACUCAGAGAAAUCUUUGUCAGCUAAACUACAACCCCUUUUAGUGUUACGACUGUUUUAAGACUUUAUUGUGGUUUUAGCUGUUACAGAAGGCAUCUGUCAACAGCAGGCAAUGCUUCUAACUAUCCAAACAGAAUAAAAUUGUUGGCUUAAUGCAUUUAAAAGUGUUUAAGGAGGUUGAACAGAAGCAUCUUCGGAUGGGUUUUAAAUUUACCUACUUUGUAAGCUAAAAGUUUACUUAAGAUACGUUUUAUUUCCUGGUAUUUAGCUAGGUGCGAUUUACACCAAGAUCCUGUUAGUUGUUUACACAAAAGUUUUCCCACUUUAGAACCAUUUGUAGAUCAGUAUGCAGUUUUUUUUUCUCCUUUUUUUAAAAAAGCAAUAACCUCACAUUCCUAUCAAAUCUUAUUCCUCUCUGCUUUGUGUAUUUUUUGUGGCAGCAGCACAGCACCACAUGUAGGCCUGGCAAUA